GCUCCCUAAGAAGAAGCCACAUAGCCGUUUUAGAUCUUAGGAAGCCUUUUUGGGUGCCUUUUCUAGGCCAUCAUUUCCUCUUUGAGUAUUGCUCCCAGCAGUUAAGCCUCGAUGUCCCUCGGUGCUCCCAACUGGUUCUCUAGCAUAAUCUAACUUGAAAAUGCACAAAACGCUACCAAAAACAUAUGAUAAUGAUAAAAGCAAUCAUCGAUAUACUAGAACAUAAUUUGAGCACAUAUAAUAAAUUCAACGUAUUAUGACGAUAAAUAUGAGAAAGCAAUGCACAUUUGGUCAUAAUACGAGGGUCUAAAAUAGCAUAUUCUACGUGUCAUCAAAUAACCCCACACUUGAACUUUUCAUGUCCCCAAGAAAAUCUAAGUUCAAAAUUUUACUUCUCACUAGACCACUAAGAUGACACGUGAUUUUCGAUCUUAGGUACUGGACCAUAAGAAACAUAAAAUGUCAACCCUCGCACUUAGAGACCUUUGUCUAUGGAGAUAAAGUGCAAAACGUAAUUUGCAAGGACGAAAUGAUUGGUCUCCCACGAAGUUGAGUUAUUUUUAAUAACUUGAGUCUUUCUAGAGAUUUCGAGGGAAGCAAUUAUGCGCAUCUCAACCUUUGUGACAAUAUUUUUCCAGAGUCUUUUGGUAUUCCUUCUUUUCAGGUUAAACAUGAGAAGCCUUGUUCACUACUUGUGCUUUUUGUGGCUCAAGUGGGCUUAUUUUGCUUUGUCCUCUUGUAUUUAGCAGCCUGAUCGAGCGAGAACAAUUUUUCCCCUUAGAACUAGCAUAAGAGUCUAUGUUUAACUCAUUUUCCUCGAUCGUGCUGGGGGUCAAUAAAGUAAAUGUGUAUCAUUUCGCUAGAAACAUAUCCUCAAAUGGCUAUCCCAUCUACGGGUGGAAUUUUUACUUUUACUAGAGAGGAACCAACAACUUCUCAUAGGAAUGCCCCACUGAAAUUAGAUUUCGAAUGUACUAAGGUACAUAUCACCACUCGUUUUUCUAUUAAGAGCAGAAGAAUCAUAAUGAGGAGUUUAAGAUCUCCAAAGGAUAGUGAGAAGCAUAUAUCCAUACGGUUUAAAUUGGUCCAUGUAUCAUGACGAUGACUGAUAACGUCGUAUUUGCACAUGUUUGCACCCUCGUUUCUUGAUCAUUUUGGCUUGAGUUUUUGCUUUAUUGGACUUUUUUACGCUAGGUUGUGUUAUUUUGUCAAAUUUCAGGUCCUAGCAUGUAAAUUGAAGCAUAGGCGCAAGUUUCAAGUCAAUCGGAAUUCAUUUGGCAAUUCGGGAGAAGAAACACGAGCCUGACCUGAGGAAGAAUGGACUUAUACCUCAUAUUAUAGACAAAUAAUCAUAGAAUCUUGUCAUGAAAAGAAAGAGGACGAGACUACGAGCGUCUGGGAACAAACAACGACUGAUUCAGAGUCCGGACGAGGGAGAAACGAAGCAUUAAACAAGAGCAGAGGAAGAAAUACGGGCAGGAGAAAUACGACCGCAUUUGUCCCUCCCAUGCCCGUAUUUUUAACCUCUGAUAGAUAGAAUCUGAUUAGGUUAAGAGAGCUUCCUUGAUUGAUAGUGGCGAAUUGGUUGUGCAAGAGUCAAUCAAUUCACUGCGUUGUACUGGAAUUCAUUCCAGUAGUGGAGAUCUUUGUGAAUCGCCUUAGCAGUCUAUCCCGGUGAAGGCUAGUCGCCUGUCGGGUAUUCUAUCUAAGAGGGCUUAGUCAGCUUAAGAGAUUCCAAGCUAAUUUAGGAUCUUCCGCAGUUUAAUCAACAGUAGAUCAACCAAAGGUAAUUGCAACUUGGACCUAAUUGAGGAGCUAGGGGGAAUCAUACCUAAGUGAGUUCCCAACUUGUAAUUAGUAGAGUAGUUAGUAGAGUAGUUUAGUAAAUCAAUCCUUAAUCUAGUUUGCUAGAUAAUGAACUGAAGCUGAGUAAUACUAACUCUAGAGACCCGUGGAUUCGAUAUUUAUUACUUGUGCCACUAUACUGCUGACACGCCAAAACACAACACCAAACUGCGACCAAGUGUAAUCGCAGUCCGGGAAUGCAGUAAAGUGGCAAGUUCUAUUAUCAACCCGGGGUCUAGAUCUACUUCUUACUCCGCGAUUAUCUAUUAUCUAGCCAACUAAGUUAAGUGAUUGUUGUUUAAAGCAAAAGCAGUAAGAAAGCAGGAAUUGGUUCGGUUUUCUCAAGCAAAGAAGAGUCACUCGAGAAUGAGUCCCCCUAGCUCCUUAGUUAGGUCUCAAUUGUAAUUUCCCUGGGUUGAUUUACUGUUGAUUAGACUGCGGAAGAUCCGACAGUAGCUUGGAAUCUCUUAAGCUGACCAAGCCCUCUCAGUCUAACUACCCGGCAGACGACUAGUCUUCACCGGGAUAGAAAGCUGAAGCAAUAAGCACAGAACUCCACUACUGGAAUUGGAUUCCAGUACAAAGCAGUAAACUGGCUAACUCUCGUAUAACCAAUCUCCUACUACCGAAUGAUGAGGCUCUAACAACCUAAUCAGAUUCUAUCUAUCUCAGGUUGCAGCAGAAAUCAGGAAAAGCUGAUCAGACUUCAAUUGACUCAAUAAACAUGCAUCAUUUGAUUAAAACCAAACAGUAUAAUCAUCCCAAGUCAUUACAAUCAAAUCCCUAACACAUAGAACUAGGGUUCUUCAUACCCAAGUGAGAGAAGGGUUCUACUCCAUAGAGAGAGAGGGGAAAACAGAAUACAAAGCAGUCAUACUCAUAACAAUGGGAAGAAUCUGCUCUGGGAUGAUGAUUUCCACUACUAUGAUGAUCUCCAAGCUCGAUUUGAUGAAACCCAGCUCCAAGAUAGCUUCUAGGAUGUGUUCUUCGUACUUUCUCUCUCUAGGGCUAUGUUUUUGCUCUCAAAAUCUGAUUCCCUCACUUGCAGCCCGAAAUUGGGUAAAAACCAGAAAUUACCGACUCACACGGGCAGGCCACACGGUCGUGUGGCAUACCCAGUUGCCCGUGUGAGGUCAAAACGCCGCGUUCCGAUUAUGUGGGUUUCAGGCUUCCUACACGGCCAAGGGCACACGGCCGUGUAGCUCACCCAGCCUGGCCGUGUGAAGCCUCGCACAAUCCCACACGGCUACAUUGGUCACUUGCACAGCCAUGUGGGUUCUGUGUGUGCCCGUGUGGCUUCCCCAGCGACUCGCCGCGCGUCCGAUCUUCGUCCAAUCGACCCCGAACUCGCUCCCAAGCCUUCAUUCACUUACUAGGACAUGAAAUAUCACAAACAAGCACAACCUAGCGUGAAAUCGGCCUAAAACACGAGAAUCAACACCUCAAACGGCUCCAGAAUAGGGGUAAAAACAUGUGCAAUUAACGGCUUAUCAACUGCAUUCCCAUUCUGCGAUUACACUUGGUCGCAGUUUGGUGUUGUGUUCUAGUGUGUCAAGUUUUUGGCGUUGUUUCCGGGGACUUUCUAGAUUAUUAGGAAAGGCAGAAGUUUUUUUUUCACCCUUGCUUUUCACUUGGGUGUUUUUGUUUUUGUUGGUGCAGAUCUGAAUCAUGGAUCCUCAUGGGUUCUCCAACCAGUGGGGGUAUCCACCACCACCCAAGUGGUAUUACCCCGAGACUUCCUGGAACACCCAAGGAGGAGAAGACUAUGGAGUCGGGUUUCAGUACCAACCCCCUACUGCAAAGAACAAUCAUACCCUUGGUUAUUUCAAGAACAAUCUCAUUAUCAAGAAGAAUUCCUCCCGCAACUAGAAGGGCCAUCAGAUCUUGAUUCAGCCACAACCUUCUCGGGCCAUCUGACAGAGCCAUGCUACACUCCACAGCCAGAUCCAAACUAUCACUGAGAAAGCUUGUUCACAAGACAACCUUUAUGCUGCCAUACAAGUAGAGGUGGAGGAAGAAGAAGGCAAUCAUGAGGAUGUUGAGGAGCAUACAAAAGUUGUCAAGGAAAGCUCCCAUGAUAAUCAUGAUCAAGUGUAUCCUCUGGUGGUAGAUCACAACUUUCCCCAUUUGCGCUCUGACAUGCUGGGCCCGAGCGAGGAGAUGCAAGCUGAACUUAUUGAGAACCUUGCAUGGCGACUUGCUCUACAAUCAGUUAUGGAAGAAGAAGAAGAAGAGAGAGAAAGGAUGAGGAAGAAAGCAAGGAAGAGGUAGUUCUUGAUCUUUUCCGUGGAGAGAGACCAAAUUUUGAAGAAGGAAGGAGGGUUGAAGAAGCGAGUGGUGUCCAGGCUGAGGAUGAAGUUGAGGUGGAAGAGGCUUGCACCGGCCCUAUAAUACAAGUAAUAUCCCCACUAAACUUAGAGGAACUUCUUAGCAAGGACCCAUUUGCAGUGUCUCUUUGCCAGACUAAGGCCACAUCGACAUCGGCCCCUCUUGGUGGACGCUAUGGUGGUCAGUCGAUACAGUUAUAUUUGGUUUGGGGCAAUGAGACAAGAGAAGAAACGAAGAAGAGGUCUCGAGGGUGGAGACUUCAGCUGCAUCAAGUGCACGAGCCUUGAGACUCCACCUCAUAGAUGAUAACCUCAACUUCAAAGAGGUUCUAACAUGGACCGAAACUUAGGAGCUACCGUCCGGCUCAUGACGUGAAAAAAGCCCUUAUUGGGGGGCAACCCAACCAUUCGGUUUUCAUUUCUUUCCCUAUUUCUCUUCGGUUGAGUCAGUUUUGUUCUUUGAUUUUAGAGUCAAUAACUCAACCUUUGUGAGAUUUUGUGUGGUGUUUGUGUUCCGACGACUCUCUCCUCCUGGAAUGCACCGCCUGCCCUGUUCACCAUCAUUCACACUUGAUCUGGUAACUUCGUUCUACCCUCCUUAUCUUUCCUCCAUUAAGGACAAUGUCGUGCUUAAGUGUGGGGGGAUUGAUGUUCGAUUAUGUAUGCGUGUGAAUGUUUGGCUGUAUGUGUGUGCUUGGAGCCUAGUCCAUUGUCCCAAUUUUGAUUUGACGGCUCCAAGCACGUGUUCCCUGCAAUUGCCUGCUCAGUAUGCUUUGAAUUGACAGUCUUUAUAGUACUAUGCAGCCUAGGGAGGUAGUGUAGCACUAUGGAAGAUGUUGAUGCAUUUAAGAAGUCUCCUUCAUUCUUCAUAUUGUGUUGGUUGAUUGUGUGAAUUAGUGAUCUUAGGACCCAUGAAUUGUGUGGUAUUGUGGACUCUCUACCUGUCAUGGACUCCUAUAUCAUGUUUUGAAGUAAAAGGUGCUCGAAAAUGUGCUUUAAAAUAACGUCUCCCGUGUGAAAAGGGAAAAAGUGUGUAAGGGGAGACGGGAAUCUGUUCCCAAUUUCCACCUACUACCUCCAGCCCCCUUACAUUUCUUUCCCCCGCACGAGGAUUGAGACAUCCGCUCCCGGCAAUGCCGGUAAGAGCUGGGCUCCCUCAAAACCCUUGCUAGGUGGGAGCCCCGUUUUCUGAAGAAGAAAAAAACAGGUUGGAACCCUAGAAAAAAAGACAAACAAGAAAAAAAAGAAGAAAAAAGGGUUCCAACCAUCUUCAGGAAGAAAAUAGAGAACCUUAAAAUGUGAGUCCAUGAUUUUUGUUUUUGAGAGUCUCGUCAUCCACGAUUCAUUUGUCCUCUGAUCACUAUUUUCCAUGAUACCGACUCGAGACUAGCGUUCUCGUCGAAGAAGCUAGGAGAUGACUUGUGCGUUGAUUGACCUCGUAAGCUGCUAAAUGAUCUAGGAAAUCCUCUACCGACGAUCGAGGGUGCAUGUCGCUAUAGAGGUCUGGAGUUGCAUUGGUUUGCGUUAGGUUUGCUUGGGGACAAGCAAAAGGUUAAGUGUGGGGGAAUUUGAUUCGUGUUUCUUCUCCCGAAUUGCCAAAUGAAUUUCGAUUGACUUGAAACUUGCGCCUUUGCUUCAAUUUACAUGCUAGGACCUGAAAUGUGACAAAAGAACACAACCUAGCGUAAAAUAGUCCAAGAAAGCAAAAACUCAAGCCAAAAUUAUCAAGAAACGAGGGUGCAAAUGUGUGCAAAUACAACAUUAUCAAUGACAUACUUCAUAGCCCCUACACUAGCCUCCCCAGAUUACGUAUUAACUUAGAGACAAACAAUUCAAUGUAUGGUAACUUUAAAUUUUGAUGAGGGAGUGUGGCAUUAAAAUUUAUUUUUUAAAUUUAUGCACAAAUUGACACAUUUCUAAAGUGUCACCUCCUGUCCUUAGAUGUAUGCAUGUUAUUCUAAGGGAUCAGGCGGGUUCGCGUUAUGGUACAUAAAUGUAGGGCUCCUAUCGAAUCCUGGCAGCGUGGGAUUCGAUCUUUUUAACCAAUUAGGAUAGUGUGCUUUGUCAUCCCAAUGCGCGUAAUGAAGAUAGGGCACAUUGGUUGAUAAGAUCUUUGGAUAGUCGACAGGUUUUUGACCUCCCAGAAGAGGUCGAGGGCUUAAGAAGGAUAUGGAGGUCGAGAUUUAUGGUAUCCAAAGCUAUUCUGAUUAAAGUCACGAGAUUGAG